AUGUCAGGAUUAUCCUUCAAAGGGAGGGUAGUCAUUAUUACCGGUGCUGGUGGUGGUCUUGGUAGGGUUUAUGCAUUAGAAUAUGCCAAAAGAGGUGCUAAGGUGGUUGUUAAUGAUUUGGGUGGAUCUCUUGGUGGUAGUGGUUCAGAUAAUCGCGCAGCGGAUGUAGUGGUAGAAGAGAUUAUUCAAUUGGGUGGUACUGCAGUGGCUAAUUACGACUCUGUGAGUGAUAAUGGUGUGGGUAUUGUUAAAACUGCUAUCGAUAACUUUGGUCGUGUUGAUAUUCUUGUUAAUAAUGCAGGUAUAUUGAGAGACGCCUCGUUUGCUAGGAUGAAUGAGAAACAGUUCACACAGGUAAUUGACGUCCACUUAAAUGGCGCUUAUAAGCUAUCGCAUGCCGCCUGGCCAUACAUGGUUCAACAAAAAUUUGGUCGUAUUGUAAACACCAGUUCGCCUGCGGGUCUUUAUGGUAAUUUUGGUCAAGCCAAUUAUUCUGCGGCUAAAUUGGGUCUCGUGGGACUUGCAGAGACUUUAUCCAAAGAAGGUUUUAAAUAUAACAUUAAGGCGAAUGCGAUUGCUCCUCUUGCCAAUUCUAGAAUGACUGAAGAUCUUUUACCAGCUCACAUUUUGAAGCAACUGGGGCCUGAAAAGAUUGCACCAUUGGUGCUUUAUUUAACACACGAAUCAUCUCAAGUAACCAAUUCUAUCUUUGAAGUAGCUGGUGGUUGGUAUGGUCAAGUUAGAUGGGAAAGAUCAUCUGGUCAAAUCUUUAACCCUAAUGAGGAGACUUUCACACCAGAGAGUAUAUUGAACAAAUGGUCUUCCGUUAAUGAUUUUGCCGAUAAACCAUUUAACAAGACACAACAUCCAAUUCAAUUAUCUGAUUAUAAUGAUCUAAUUACAAAGGGCAAAAGAUUACCGCACGAUAAUCCACAGGGAUCCAUCAAGAUUACUUCUUUAAAAGGUAAAGUUGUAAUUGUCACUGGGUCUGGUGGUGGCCUUGGUGGUACUCAUUCCAAUUGGUUUGCCAGAUAUGGUGCUAAAUUGGUCAUUAAUGACAUUAAAGAUCCACAUUCCGUUGUGAAAGAAUUAAAUGACAAGUACGGAUCUGGUACCGCUAUAGCAGAUACUCAUAAUAUCAUUACAGAAGCUCCUCAAAUCGUGGAGAAUGCAAUUAAGAAUUUUGGACGUGUGGAUGUGCUUGUUAACAACGCGGGUAUCUUAAGAGAUAGGUCCUUCAAAAAGAUGACGGAAGAUGAGUGGUUUGCGGUAUUGCAGGUACAUCUGUUCGCUACUUAUUCUAUGUGCAAAGCAGUUUGGUCGGUAUUUGUGAAACAGAAGUCUGGUUACAUAAUCAAUGUGACCUCUACUUCCGGUAUCUACGGUAACUUUGGUCAAGCCAAUUAUGCAGCCGCCAAGUCUGCUAUUCUUGGAUUUUCGAAGACAAUUGCCAUUGAAGGUGCAAAGAAGGGUAUUGUUGUUAAUAUCAUUGCUCCUCAUGCUGAAACUGCUAUGACAAAGACUAUCUUUGGGAAAGAAGAAUUACAAAACCAUUUUGAACCUAGUCAAGUUUCACCCUUUAUCGUUUUGUUAUCAUCUGAGGAAUUACAACGUCAAGCAGGUAAAGCAGGUGUUAGAGGACAAUUAUUUGAAGUUGGUGGUGGAUGGGUAGGUAAGACUAGAUUCCAACGAAGUUCAGGUUUCGUUGCUAUAGGUGAUGAUGCCAAUCUAGAUACUCUCGCAGCUAACUGGGAUAAAGUUGUUGAUUUUUCUAAACCGCAAUACCCUGCUACGUUUACUGACGCGUCUAUUCUCAUUUUAAGAGCUGUACAAGCUGCUCAAUAUUUGGCCAGCAGUAGAUCUGAUAAUGAUAUUUUUAACUACAGUGACAGAGACAGUAUCAUUUACAACAUGGGUUUAGGUGCUAAGAGUAACGAACAGCAAUACGUUUAUGAAAACGAUUUGAAAUUCCAAGUGUUGCCUUCUUUUGCCGUCAUCCCAUUUAUGGAGGGCGUUACGGGUGGUCUUAAGAUGCAUGAGUUAGUUGAUAAUUACGACUAUGCUAAAUUGUUACACGGUGAGCAGUAUUUUAGAAUAGCUCAAAACGGAUCUUUGGCUACUAAUGGUACUUUGAAGACGGUCGUUAAGCCAUUGCAAGUUUCGGAUAAGCGCGGUAAAGGUGCAGUGAUAGUAGGCGGUUCUGAAACUUAUGAUAUUAAGACUAACAGGUUAGUCUCUGUCAAUGAAGGUACUUUCUUCGUCAGAGGUGCUAGUGCUCCCGGUACCAAGAAUCGUAGUUUUGCUCCUAGAGCUAAAUUCGCAACUACUGCUUUCAAAGCACCUUCAAAUACUCCACCUACAGCGGAACUUGACGUCACCACUACAACUGAUCAAGCAACAUUUUACAGACUUUCCGGUGAUUAUAACCCGUUACACAUUGAUCCCAAAGCUGCGAGAGCAGUCGGGUUCCCAAAACCUAUCUUACAUGGAUUAGGCACUUUAGGUGUUACCGUCAAGGCGCUGUACGAGAAUUUUGGUGCAUUUGGGGAGUUGAAAGUAAGAUUCACUGCACCAGUCUUCCCCGGUGACAAAUUAAAAGUUAAAGCUUGGAAAAGGGCUGAUGGUACCGUUAUUUUCCAAACCUUGGACGUUACGACGAACGCUGUUGUAUUGGAUAAUGCAGCUAUCAAAUUGAUAGGAUCCAGCUCCAGAUUCUAA